CAGAGGAUGGAAAUAGUCUGGGAGGUGCUUUUUCUUCUUCAAGCCAAUUUCAUCGUCUGCAUAUCAGCUCAACAGAAUUCACCAAAAAUCCACGAAGGCUGGUGGGCAUACAAGGAGGUGGUCCAGGGAAGCUUUGUCCCAGUUCCUUCUUUCUGGGGAUUGGUGAACUCAGCUUGGAAUCUUUGCUCUGUGGGGAAACGGCAGUCGCCAGUCAACAUAGAGACUAGUCAUAUGAUCUUUGAUCCCUUUCUGACACCCCUUCGCAUCAACACUGGGGGCAGGAAGGUAAGUAGCCAUCUUGCUUCCAUUGUGAACUUGAGGAUAGGGGAGAUGUUGAUUCUGAAAGUCAAACUUCUAGUCCUUGAUCUCUGUGAUGAGUCUGUCUUUCCACCCAGGAAUAAUGUCACAGACUUCAGGUCUAUUGCCAACAAAUAUGUCUUAAUCAUGCUUUUUCUCUGUACCCAGUCAAUUGCCAUGCUUCUGAUUACUUCUUUGUACUCCCUGGAUGUUUCCUGAGAUCCUGUCCCUUGGAAACCCAUGAAGGAAGGUCAGAAAACUGUUUGCCGCCCCUAAAUAUCAUGCUGGGAAAUUCUUCUUCUCAGAAACCUCUUUACUGAGGCUUCUUUUAACCUCUAAAAAGUGAAAAUCUUUUUAUCAAAAGUAAAGUCAGACAUUUAUCAUGCUGUAAGGAAAAACAAACAACCACCACCUUAGGUGGUUUAUGAGAAAAUCAAUAAAUAAUCUCACCAGGAAUUCCUGGCUAAGAAUCCUAGCUCCAACAUAGAAAUCCUGGACUAUCAUUCCUAUUCUCACACCAACAUCCCUCCUUUCUUCUCCCCCCACCCUUGAUAAGCUCCUCCUUAAUUUAUAGAAGAGUAUAAUGUCCAUGGGAUCUUCUCAUCACAGGA